GGAGUGGUUCUUGGCACCGCUCCGCCAUAGGAAAGGUAGAGCGAGUGACGUUCUGUGCUCGUAUCUUUUGAGGCUGUGGUACGGAGAUGAUGGUAGAGGAUAAUCAAGAUGAGGCGAAGGAGAAUAGGAGAUGAUGAGGGGAGGAUGGUAUAAAGGGAGAGCUCCAGACGGUGGUUCAAAACAUUAUCCACUUAUUCCAUCGCUUCAACCACUACCUUCAUCAGCUUCCACCGAUCCAACAAAACGUCGAACACACUCGUUAACUCCCCUUGAGAUCCCCACAACCGCAAACAUGCUCUCCAAGAACAUCCUCCUCAGCCUAGCUAUCCUCGCCACCUCCACCUUCGCUGCCCCAACAGCCCGCACCGACAGCUACUACUGGACUGUCGAACGCUUCACCAGCACCUGCACGGCCGCGACCUGUCGAUACGACUUCAACGUCACCGGCGCCGUUGGUCCUCUCAACCAACCUUCCUUCGACGCUUACGGCUGCGAUGGUGAGAGCGUCCCAGGCGUUUUCGAGCCUUGUGCUACCCUUGGAAUCGAUGUUCUCGGAAGCGUGAAGAUCAAGGAGUUGAACUUGGGAGACAAGGCAAACGUGUUUGUAGAGUUUUCUUUCGAGCAGUGGGUGACAUGAAUGGAACUUGAGAAUCUGGAAUGCUGACGAAUUGAUACCUUUGUAGGGAAGGAAAGACGUACACCUACACUAGUAACCAGACCGUCGGACAUACGAAUGGUGGCGGACCUGAGAGAUUCACCAUUAUUCCCAACACCGUUUCUGUAUUUGGCUAGAUGGAUAGGGGAGUCAGAAUUGUUGAGAUGUGAGAGGCGAGGAAGAACGGGAGAAGGUGGAUGCUUGAGAGCGUUGAGGAAGCCUGUAAAUUACUCUGUACACUCCCUUUCGCAUAUACAUCGAUAUUGGAAUUCCCGGUUAGAGGGAAACGAGGAGGGUACCAUCAAGCAUGUUUUGUGA